AGCCCAAGAAGAACGAGCAGUCCGCCGUCCCUUCGCGCGCCCCAAGUCCGCCCGGGCCUCGGCGGGGAGAUGAACGCGCAGCUAGACGGCCUCUCGGUGAGCUCGUCUUCCACCGGCUCGCUGGGCUUGGCGGCCGGGCCGGGCGGCGGCGGGGGCUCGGGGCUGCGGCUGCUGUCGGCCAACGUGCGCCAGCUGCACCAGGCGCUGACCGCGCUGCUGAGCGAGGCGGAGCGGGAGCAGUUCACCCAUUGCCUGAACGCGUACCACGCGCGCCGCAACGUCUUCGACCUGGUGCGCACCCUGCGGGUCCUGUUGGACAGCCCGGUCAAGCGGCGCCUGCUGCCCAUGCUGCGCCUGGUCAUCCCGCGCUCCGACCAGCUGCUCUUUGACCAGUACACUGCCGAGGGCCUCUACUUGCCGGCUACCGCCCCCUACAGGCAGCCCACCUGGGGCGGCCCCGACGGCGCGGGGCCAGGAGAGGUGCGCCUGGUGAGCCUGCGGCGCGCCAAGGCCCAUGAGGGCUUGGGCUUCAGUAUCCGCGGCGGCUCGGAGCACGGCGUUGGAAUCUAUGUGUCCCUAGUGGAGCCGGGCUCUCUGGCCGAGAAGGAAGGGCUGCGGGUCGGGGACCAGAUUCUGCGCGUCAAUGACAAGUCUCUUGCCCGGGUUACCCACGCCGAGGCUGUUAAGGCUCUGAAAGGCUCCAAGAAGCUGGUGCUGUCUGUGUAUUCAGCAGGGCGCAUCCCGGGAGGCUACAUCACCAACCACAUCUACACCUGGGUGGACCCACAGGGCCGCAGCACCUCCCCACCCUCAAGCCUGCCCCAGCCCCACGGCUGCUCCCUGAGACAGCAAGAGGGUGAGAGGAGGAGUACCCUGCACCUCCUGCAGGAUGGUGAUGAGAAAAAGGUGAACCUGGUAUUGGGGGAUGGCCGAUCCCUGGGCCUCACCAUCCGAGGGGGAGCUGAGUACGGGCUGGGCAUUUACAUCACUGGCGUGGACGUGGGCUCAGAAGCAGAGAGCAGCGGACUCAAGGUGGGGGACCAGAUCCUGGAGGUGAAUGGACGGAGCUUCCUGAGCAUCCUGCACGAUGAGGCGGUCAGGCUGCUCAAAUCUUCUCGGCACCUCAUCCUGACGGUGAAGGACGUCGGACGGCUGCCCCACGCCCGCACCACCGUGGACGAGACCAAGUGGAUUGCCAGUUCUAGAAUUGGGGAGACCGCCACAAACUCCACAGGGUUUCCCGGUGAUCUCACAGCAGAGGGGACGAACAAGCCCGGGUUUUACAAGGGCCCGGCUGGCUCUCAGGUGACCCUGAGCAGCCUGGGGAACCAGACGCGAGUGCUGCUGGAGGAGCAGGCGCGGCACCUGCUGACGGAGCCUGAGCGCGCCACCAUGGCCUACUACCUGGACGAGUACCGCAGCGGCUGCAUCUCCGUCGAGGCCCUCGUCAUGGCCUUGUUUGAGCUGCUUAACACCCAUGCCAAGUUCUCGCUCCUCUCAGAAGUGAGAGGCACCAUCUCCCCGCAAGACCUGGACCGUUUUGAUCAUCUGGUGCUGAGGCGAGAGAUUGAGUCAAUGAAGGCGCGGCAGGCCCCAGGCCCUGCGGCCGGCGACACCUACUCCAUGGUCUCCUACAGCGACACAGCCUCGUCCACAGGUAGCCACGGCACCUCCACCACCGUCAGCUCGGCCAGGAACACUCUGGACCUGGAGGAGACUGGCGAGGCUGUUCAGGGCGGUGUCAACACCCUCCCAGAUGUCUCCCUGGAUGACGUCAAGUCCACUUCGAAGGGGUUGACAAGCUUCAAGCCACCAGCUCCCUCACCACCUCUGGCCCAAAGCCGUGACCGCUCGAUGGCCCAGCCGAGGAAGCCAGCAAGGGAGGACCUCCAGCCCGUGUCCACUGAAUCGUCCCACUCGGGCAUCAUCUUCUCAGCUUCCAGGAACCGUAGCCCGCCGGUGGGCACUUCGCCCACCCCCGGGCUUUCCUCCACACAGGACUCACCCCCCUCCCCCAUCUAUGCCUCUGUCUCCCCUGCCAACCCCAGCACCAAGAGACCACUGGACACGCAUCUGGCCUUGGUCAACCAGCACCCCAUCGGCCCCUUCCCUCGGGUCCAGUCACCUCCACACCUGAAAAGUCCCCCUGCAGAGGCCACCAUGGCUGGAGGCUGCCUUCUGCCCCCUUCACCUUCCAGCCACCCAGACCAGACAGGCACGAACCAGCACUUUGUCAUGGUGGAGGUGCACCGCCCUGACAGCGAGCCGGACGUGAACGAAGUGAGGGCACUGCCCCAGACGCGCACAGCCUCCACACUCUCUCAGCUGUCUGACAGUGGACAGACCCUGAGCGAGGACAGCGGGGUAGAUGCUGGCGAGGCAGAGGCCAGGGUACCUGGCCGAGGCAAACAGACGGCCUCCACCAAAAGCAGAAGCAGCAAGGACCUGCCUCGGAACGAGAGGACCACAGAGGGAGCCGCCAAGCCGCCUGGACUCCUGGAGCCUACGUCCACUCUAGUCCGUGUGAAGAAGAGUGCGGCCACCCUGGGCAUCGCCAUCGAGGGUGGCGCCAACACCCGCCAGCCUCUGCCGAGGAUUGUCACGAUUCAGAGAGGCGGCUCGGCCCACAACUGUGGGCAGCUCAAGGUGGGCCACGUGAUCCUGGAAGUGAACGGCCUGACACUUCGGGGCAAGGAGCACCGGGAGGCUGCCCGCAUCAUUGCCGAGGCCUUCAAGACCAAGGAGCGCGACUACAUUGACUUUCUGGUCACCGAGUUCAAUGUGAUGCUCUAG